GCACUCUUUUGUUUAGGCUGCGCGCGACUCAGCUGUUGGCUUAUAAAGUCAGUUAAAAAUGCGGCUAAGUUGGCUGUUGAUGCGCAAUUGGUAUUGAAAGUGCGUUAUUUUCAUAGCGGACGUUUAUUCUCUUAUUUGAGAAAGUUGAAUGAUCCUGAACUCGUUUUAGAGGGCUGCACGCGAGUCCAUCAUGAAUAUGCACUUUGAAGGGUCCAGUAACGUCAUCCUGUUGUUUGAUUUCUGGAGCGUGCAUGGGCCUGCAGAAAUGCUCCACCUUCACAGACACUGUUGUUUUGGAUAUUCAGUAAUACUGUGGGAAUCCCAGAAGCAACCGGUUUCUUUUUUUGGAAUGGUGCUAUCAGUCUUUGUUGUUCUUCUGCUCACUGUGUUCUAUGAGCUUCUAAAAGUAUGGAAGAUCAACAUCGGAAAACAGACCCAAUCCCCAGUUACACGUCCUGCUGCCCCAGUGUCAUUCUCUACUGAUCAGGCCUGCUUUGCUCCUGUCAUGGGGUGUCAAGGGGGAAGCUCCACACUGGCCAGCAGCCCCUCUGAGAUCUCAUUAGCUCCCACUGAGAGUACCAGUGGCACUGCUGGCACCACAUCCACUGCUAAGAGCUGGCUUCUGCACUGCCUAAAGACCACCAUACACAUCCUGCAGGUGACACUAGGCUACAUGCUCAUGCUCUGCGUCAUGUCCUACAACAUAUGGAUCUUCCUGGGAGUCAUCGUGGGCUCCGUUCUGGGAUACUUCCUGGCUUUCCCACUCCUGAAUCACAUUUGAGGAGUAGGGAUGAAGGAACGGAAAACUAAAUACAACAGCUUGAAAAGCUUGUGAUCUUAAUUAACUGAAAAUGAGGAAAUGUUUAGAUCUUUUAUUUUCAUGGUGCAAGUUGUGUGAACCCACAAGCAGUGUGGUUAUUGUUUUGAACAAUGAGAGAUGCAAGAUUGUUUUGCUUGAACAGAUUGAUUGAUAUUUUUUUAACUGAAUUUUUAAGAAAAUGUUUGAGCUGGCAUGAAAUCACAUUUUAAUGAAGACUGAGGUUGACCAACAUGGCAAAAGUAUGUGAUAACAGGCAGGGACAUUGUUGGUUACAUUUUAACCUCAUUGUCUAUUGUGCCUGAACUUAAGAAUGUUUUAUAGAAUGGUGUUAUGUGGUGAUGAGCACAUGACGACCUUUCCAACCGGUCUGUUUCAGGACUGUAAUGAACACUGAUUUUUCACAUUCUACAACUACUGAUUAAGCUAAUUUCCUGUUUUUACACAAAAUGCAUUGUGCAAGAUUUGAUAAAUUAAACUUAACUUGUGGUUUUAUUUUGGGGAAUUUACACUAGUUUUUAAACCUUGUGGUGGUAUAUAGUAGAAUUCCAUCAAGAGUCAAGAUCGGGUUUUAUUGUGUUCUUCUGGUAAUUACAGCUCAUGGGGGAACAGAAAUCAUUGGGUGAAAAGGAGAUAAAAAUCAUCCGGCCUUAAUGUUCACCAGCAAUGGAGAUGUUGAAACAGAGCAAAAAGUUGGAAUGUGCAAUACUAAACUGUGCAUUCAUUUGUUUGGAGAAAAGGAGUGCAUUUCUGUAGUAAACCUACAAUCCUCACCACUUUUAUUUAAAUGCAAUAUUCCUCAAGGCACUUUUUGGUCUCCAUGGUUUGUGCAAUUCAUUACUCAAAAAGACACAUGUUUGAUUGUAGAAUGUUUUAAAAUAGGGUUACACCUCAUGUCUAAAUCAAAUAAACUGUUGAAACAUGGCCUUGGUGUAAUCGGUUGAAAUGCAAAGUUGUAGCACACAGAUUUGAUUUUAAAGUUAUACACAAAGGCUUUACAAGAAAUAAACCUUUCAUAUAAAAGAAUAAAUCCUGUUGUUGCUUUGUACUAUGGGGAGGUAAGGUGAAAGGCCUCAGUCACCACUCUCUUGAAUUGUACAGAUUUUCAUUUUUGGAUGAACUAUUCCUUUAAUGUGUAUAGAUAUUUGCAAUAUGUUUUCAGGGAGUCUAUGUUUGCAAGAGAACGAAUAGGACAUUUUUAUGGACUACAAAAGGACUAUUAUUUUAUAGAAUAUUUUUACAUCUUAAUGUCUUAAAGGGAUAGUUCACCAAAAAAAAUAACAAUUCACUUUCACAAUUUACUCACCCUCAUACUAUUUCAGAUGUGGAUGACUUUCUUCAGCAGAAUAGAAAUAAAGAUAUUCAGAAGAAUAUCUCAGCUCUGUAGGUCCUUUUGAUGCAAGUGAAUGGUGGCCAGAUAUUUGAAGCUC